AUGGCAGAAGAUACCCAUCCGGGCCACCGCGCCAGUACCACGAACGCGAACAUCACAGUCGCCAUCGACCCAAUCGCUCUGGUCGUGACAGAAUGCAUCACUGUCACUUCCGCCAUGCGCAAACAUGCCCGCUGGGCUCACUCCAGCAUUUCCUCCAUCCUGGGCUCCUCCCCAACCACCAAAUCCUCACCCCUAGCACGAUCGAGUACACCCAACGACUCCCCGACCCCUCACGAUCGCCGAAACCGCGCCAGCAGCAAGAUCGACCUCCUCCCCGCCCAGCCUACUGCCAACGAUGACGAGGAUGCAGGCUUGACAUCACGAUGGGGGCUGAGAGGGAAGAAGGGGCAGUCGAUGCAGGAUAAUCCCCUCAUGUCUGCCUUUGCGAAGCUUAGGAGUGAUCUGAAGCAUUGUAGGGAUAUUCAAGAGUUUGAGACGCCGAGCUUGCUGCAGCCGUUUUUGCAGGUUACAAGGAGCAGUAGUACGACGGCGCCUAUCACGAGUUUGGCGCUUAUUGCGAUUACGAAGAUGCUCGCGUAUAAUAUUGUCAAUCCGGACUCGCCUGGGUUUGGGUAUGGGAUGCAACUACUUGCGAGUACGGUCACGCAUUGUCGGUUUGAAGGUGAUAACUCGCCGAGUGAUGAGGUGGUUUUCUUGAGGAUUCUGAAGCUGAUGGAGGAUAUGAUCUGUGGGAGCUCUGGGGAGGUACUGGGAGAUCAGAGUGUCUGUGAGAUGAUGGAGUGUGCACUGAGUAUCUGCUGCCAUCUGAGGAUGUCGGAAGUGCUGAGGAGGAGCGCGGAGAUCAGCAUGGUCACGAUGUGUCAGACGAUCUUCGGCAGGCUGAAGACGCUGGAAACGGAGUUUGAAGAGGGCAAUGAGGGUGAAGAUAUCGGAAAGAUGGAGGAAGAUGUCGGUGCUGAGGAGAUGGACAAGGCGAAGAUUGAAAGCGCGCCGAAUGGAGACUUUGGGCCGGAUGCGAUGAAGCAGAGUCGGAAUACUAGUCUAGAGGUGCCUGGGAUGAAUGGGACACCAAGACCUAGUGAGGAUGUGAACGGGAGCCAGCUGGGUCUGUCGAAGGGUGGUGAGGAAGAUCUGGUUGAUGUGAGGCCGUAUGGACUUCACAGCAUAAGAGAAUUGUUCCGGGUACUGGCGGACUUGCUGGAUCCUCACGACAGACAACGAACGGACACAUUACGAGUGAUGGCACUACGAAUUGUGAAUGUGGCACUGGAAGUCGCAGGGCCGAGCAUUGCGAACCAUCCGAGCCUGGCAUCGUUGGCGAAGGAUACACUUUGUCGAAACCUGUUCCAGCUUGUUCGGUCGGAGAACAUUGCAAUCCUGCACGAGUCACUACGGGUGGCAGGCACGUUACUCGCGACAUGUCGAAGCGUGCUGAAGUUGCAGCAGGAGCUCUUUCUGUCGUAUGUGGUGGCCUGCUUACAUCCUCGAGUGCCUAUUCCAGACGAGCCGAACAUAGAUCCGGUGUUGUACGAAGGCGUGCCGGCCGCACCUACGCUUGUCAGGCAACAGACAGCGUCACAGGCUGGAGGUCCUGCUGUGCCUAGCAGUGGCCGGUCAACGCCGGUGCCGGUACGGGAUCGACAAAAGCUAGGUAUGGAAGGCGGGUCUAGGAAGCCAGAUGCUAGAGAAGCCAUGAUCGAAAGCGUUGGAGGUCUGGUACGAAUACCAAGCUUCAUGGUCGAGCUCUUCGUGAACUACGAUUGUGAGGUCGACAGGAGCGAUUUGUGUAUGGACAUGGUUGGCCUGCUUUCGAGGAACGCCUUCCCUGAUUCUGUGACUUGGAGUACAACCAAUGUGCCGCCGCUCUGUCUGGACUCCCUGCUCGGCUAUGUUCAGUUCAUCGCAGAUCGUAUGGACGAUGAGCCAGUCACCGCUGGACUACCGGAUCAAGCUGCGCUACGAGAGCAGAGACGGCAGAAGAAGGUCAUCAUUCGAGGAGCGACAAAGUUCAAUGAAAGUCCGAAAGGUGGCAUUGCUUUCCUUGCCGCUCAAGGUAUCAUCGAUGACCCGAACGAUCCCUACUGCGUGACGAAGUUCCUCAAGGGCACGACGCGGAUUGACAAGAAGGUGCUGGGCGAGUUCAUCUCCAAGAAGUCAAACGAGGCGAUCCUCGACGCCUUCAUCGACCUCUUCGACUUCCAAGGCCUGCGUGUCGAUGAAGCGCUCCGAGAACUGCUCAACAGCUUCCGACUACCCGGAGAAUCCGCUCUCAUCGAACGCAUCGUGACCGUCUUCAGCGAGAAGUACAUGAAGGCCGCUCAGCCUGAGCAGAUUGUCAAUCCAGACUCUGCGUUUGUGCUCAUCUACGCCAUCAUCAUGCUCAACACGGAUGCAUACAAUCCAAACAUCAAAGCGCAGAACCGCAUGAAGUUUGGGGACUUUGCCCGUAACCUCCGUGGCGUGAACGACAAUAGUAAUUUCGAUCAGGACUUCUUGCAGGAGAUCUACGACGCCAUCAAGAGCCGUGAGAUCGUGUUGCCGGAAGAGCAUGAUAAUAAGCAUGCGUUUGAGCACGCCUGGAAGGAACUCUUGGUGAAGACACAGACUGCCGAGAAUCUUGCCAUCUGCGAGACGAAUCUUUACGAUGCGGACAUGUUCGCGGCGACUUGGAGGCCAAUCGUCGCUACGCUGAACUAUGUUUUCGUGUCGGCUACUGAGGAUGCUGUCUUCCAGCGCGUUAUCGCUGGUUACAACCAGUGUGCUCAGAUUGCGGCGAAGUAUAACAUUAGCGAGUGUCUGGAUCAUAUCAUUCUCAGUCUGGCGAGGAUAAGCACGCUAGCGACGGAGACGCCUCCAAGUACGGCUUUGAACACGGAAGUGCAGGCCAGUGGUAAGAGCAUUAUGGUCAGCAAGUUCGCCGUUGAAUUUGGACGAGAUAAUAAAGCCGAGCUGGCGACCUUGGUACUAUUCAGGAUCAUCAAUGGUCACGAGGCAGCUAUCCGCGAUGGGUGGACUGAGAUUGUACGGAUCACAGUCAAUCUGUUCGUCAACUCCCUCGUACCGACUUCCUUCACGUCCAUCUCACGAGAUCUCGACUUGCCGCCGAUCAUGUUGCAAUCGCCCGCACAGGUCAUCGAGCGCAACGACAAGUCUGCGGAUGUAGGCUUGUUCAGCGCUUUCACGAGCUACGUCAGCAGCGUGAUGAACGACGAGCCACCUGAGCCUAAUGAUCAGGAAAUCGAAGCAACACUCUGCACCGUCGACUGCAUCAACGAAUGCCACUUUGAGGAGAUCUUGGGCAACAUUAACGAGCUUCCCGUGGAGAGCCUCAAGUCGCUUACGAUGUCAUUGCUAUCGCACUUACCUGAGAACGAGUCUCCGAGAGUCAUUUCAGUCAAGCAGGAUCUACCAGCUCCUGCUCCGGUGCGGGCGAACGGUACCAAAAGUACUGCUGAGUUACCGGUGUACAAUCCUGCAGUUGUCUACAUUCUGGAACUGGUCACCAUACUUGCCAUGCGCGAUGAUGACACCAUCAAGGCUCUGGUUCCUGAUGUGGCUGAAGCGCUGCAGACAGUCGUAAAAGACGCCGACCGAGUGCACCCUGUCGCUUUGAGCAGGACGGUGUUCUACCUCCUCACUCUGCUCAAGGUCAGCAAUGACUACGAUUACAUUCGUGCUCCAGUCGUGCUACAUUACAUCUCAAGCUUACGGCAAGACUUACUCAAGGAGACUGACAAGGAUAUAUUGAAAGGCAUUUACAGCUGCAUCAGCGGUCCUCCAAGUCUGAAGAAGGAGAUUGCUUCAAGUCCGGAUUUCUGGACCGUCCUGCAUGCUUUGCAAUCCAAGCCAGAAUCGAGUCAGCUGGUGUUCCAGAUCGCUGAGUCAGUAGCAGAUGGCAACACACCAGCUAUAACCAGCGACAACUACGAAGCAUGCGUCGUUCUCCUCAACGCUUUUGCCACAAGCGGCAGUAUUGGUGCCCGGUUUGAACAGCAACACGACCAGCAGGCACGCCAACAACGAGCUCAGAAGAACAAAGACGACUCAACACCCGAGAAGAAAGCCCAGAAGAAGCCCGAAGCAGUCACUCGCGCAAUACGUGCCAUUGCGAUCGUUGCAAAACUAGCCUCCCGCGUGCCAACUCUGAUCUCGCAGUCUCAGUUAGAAACAGAUCAAGCUUGGCGCGCAUACUGGUCCCCCGUCUUCCGCUGCCUCUCAACACAAUGCGUCAAUCCCUGCCGCGAGAUCCGCCAGCAAGCUCUCACAUCUCUACAACGAUGUCUCCUGAGCCCAGAACUUGCAAGUCCAGACCAUACUGAAUGGACCAACAUCUUCGGCGAAGUGCUCUUCCCUCUAAUUCACCAACUCUUGAAGCCAGAAGUCUAUCAGACCGAUCCGAUCGGCAUGAGCGAGACUCGCGUGCAAGCUGCGCAAGUCCUCUGCAAGAUUUUCUUGCAUUACCUCGUACUCUUGAGCGAAUGGGAUGGUGUGCUGGAUUUGUGGCUGAAGAUUCUGGGAAUAAUGGACCGACUCAUGAACUCGGGGCAGAGCGACAUGUUGGUCGAGGCUGUACCUGAAUCCCUCAAGAAUAUUCUGCUGGUCAUGAGUAGUGGGGGCUACAUGGUUCCUCCGCCGAAGGAGGAAGAGUAUGAUGAGAGGACGGAGCUGCAACAGCAACUUUGGAGUGAGACGAGGGAGAGAUUGGGGAGGUUCUUACCGGAGUUGAUGGGGGAGGUGUUCCCUGAUGCUCCAGUCGGGGAGAGGAGGAAGGAGAAGGAGAGUGAACUGCCAGUCAGGCAGAGGGAGCAGAUACAGGCUGAGGCGGAGGCGGCUGCGGCGUAG